AUGGCAACGCUUCUCGGCUCAUUCACUCAGUCGCAACUCUUCAACUUCGCCUGCGUUCCUCUGCUCCUUCUACAAUGCUCCCUGCUCCAUCCCGCAUACGAGGCAGAUCCAUCAGCUCGAGUGAUACGUUCGGUACUAUUGCCGGUCAUCAUAGGCUUGGCAAUAUCUACACAAUCACGAAAAUUGUUCUUACCGUUGGAGGAAUAUCUCCAUGUCAAUUACGGCCUAGUUGCCGUGCCUACAUUCCAUAUCUGCUGUUUGGCCGUCCAAUUCGCCUUCCAUCGUGGGCCAGCCUUAAAAGCAUCCGUGGCGGAGUCCGAAAAACGUGAGACGGUCCCCAAGGAGGUCCAGGCUGACCCGGCAACAAUCCACAAGACCACCGAAGGGUCCCUCGAGCAUCGGCAUACCGGCAACACGGGGCGCCGUCAACUAAAUCCUUAUGUGAAUCUCAAUCAGACACAGACCACCAAGCUCAAGGAUGAUCCUCACUCGGAUAAUUCGCCAACUGUCGCGGAAUUGAUCAAGUUUUCAGUCGGCAUAGUUGCUAGUCCCCGAGGUUUAGCAUACACUUGGGCGCCGCCAGCUCGAUGCUUAUCACGGGCUUCAAGGAAGCCAAUCGGACAAUUUAUCCGAGAGCAGCUCGUCGAUAGCGCGAAGAAGCAUACGAUGUUCCUGGUCACGUGUGCAUAUCUGCUCCCUGCGAUAAACCAUCCAGAGGGCCCGUCGGGAUGGAUUUCGGAGACGUUCGGGCUCCAAAGAUCCCGCGCGUUAGAGGUCGUCGUCAACCAACUCACCGCCGCCAUCUUCACCUUCUCGGCUAUCUGCGCUUUCAAUAUCCUCGGCGCGGUUCUCAACGGUGCCGAGCUACUUUUCAUCACAAUCGCUCGCGUGAUUCUCCCUGAAGAUCUACGCCCCGAGCCCUUCGAUACUUCCCUCUAUCCUCCGCUCUUCAACAGACUUGGAUCUCGAGAUAAUCUUUCCGAGUUUUGGGGACAAGGAUGGCAGUGUGUCUUUAGACGAGAUUUCGUGUCCUGCGGUGGCCUGCCGAUGGCUAAACUGGGCCGCUUGUUCUUCGGCCCUGGCUCAGAACCACUAUUCAUGCUCAUGGGCUCCAUGCUCUUGAGUGGAAUAUUUCAUGAGUGGGGGAUCUUCACAAUCACUAAGCCGGACUUAGGCUUCAGCACAACAAAGUUCUUCGUCAUCCAAGGCGUGGGGAUCGUGCUCGAGCGGACGCUGAACGUGCGGAAGGUGUUAGGUGGCCGGACAAUGCGCCCGUUGCGAUACGUUCUCACUUAUUUUUGGCUGUCGUAUUGGAGCGUAGAUAUGUUUGGAAUCUUAUACGACCGCGGCUUGGGACGCUCGGGGAUUAUAGAUCCCGAUUUCAGAAAGUGGUACUGGUUCCAGUACUUUUUACCUUUUGGACCCUUCUUGCCCAGAGGAUUACUCAACUGGAUGAAAGUUCAUGACGGCUGA